CGACCCGCGGGCAUGGCGACUGCAGGCAGCGCGGCGAGCCGCAGGGACCCUGGACGACCCUGCCCGUUCUCCAUCGAGCACAUCCUCUCCAGCCUGCCUGAACGCAGGCCCGCUGCGCGGCCGCUGCAGCCCGUCGGUGGCCGGAACCCCGCUGAGCCCGACGAGCCCGAGGCGCCUGCCGCCGCUGCGCCCUGCGCCUGCUGCUGUUGCUGCGGCCCGCGAGCAGCACCCCGCGGAGCCCCGGAGCCGGCGUCCGGACCCGGCGUGCGGCUAGCGUGGCCGCUGAGGCUGGCACCCGCCGCGCCCUCGGCCCUGACGGCGCCCAGCGCAGGCUCGCCGGCGCUGACCGGCACGAGCGGCCCCGGGCCGCAGCGGCGCACGCGGCGCCACCGCACCAUCUUCAGCGAGGAGCAGCUGCAGGCGCUCGAGGCCCUCUUCGUGCAGAACCAGUAUCCCGACGUGGGCACGCGGGAGCGCUUGGCUGUCCGCAUCCGCCUGCGAGAGGAGCGCGUGGAGGUCUGGUUCAAGAACCGCCGGGCCAAGUGGCGACACCAAAAGCGUGCUUCGUCAGCGAGGCUCCUGCCUGGAACCAAGAAACCUGCCAAGGACAGCUGUUGACGGUGUCUGGAGUGUCUCUUGGUUUGGGCAGUGACGUGGAGCACAGGAAAGUAGGAGGGAGACAGACCUACUUGAACAGAAACUAAGAGAGGACCGCAGUCUUCCAGCUGCCCAGUGCUGAGAGAGAGGGAAUCCAAGACCUCCUCACCUAUGAAGGGAGGGCACAUGGGGCAGGAA